AUGGCCUUUGUCAGGAGAAAUUUCGGACUUUUUGGCAAAAUUUUCGGAAAAACAGAAAAAGAAGCACCUAAACUGAAAGCGAAAACGGCAGCAAUUGCCCAGCCGCUGGCAGAGCAUAAGGCAAUAGAAAUUGACUGAAAAACUCCGAAAAUCCAUGUUUCGACCUUAAAAAAUGGGCUGAAAAUUUUAACAGAGUCUUCAGGUUUUCCAGCUCAUGUUCAUUUAGGAGCUAUUAUUGAUAUAGGAGUGAGGGAAGAAACCAAAGAAAAUUCAGGCGCUUUGAUGGGGCUCAAGCAUACUUAUCUUACAAAAGCAGAUGAAAUUAAGAAUUUUAGCAUGCUUCAGAUGUCAGGAGGGGAGCUUGCAAUGGACUAUGACCAGGAACAAACUCUUUUCCAGGGUUAUUGCAUGUCUCAUGAUGUAGUUGAUUAUUUGCAAUUGAUAAAAACAUGAUUAUAAUAUGGAUAAUUUUAACACCCUCAGCGAUUUUAUAAUAUAGUUUAUUUUUUCCCAUUAAACAAUGGAAGGAGCACCCUAAGUUAGGCUAGAGAGGCUGGUCCUUGUAUUUUCGGAGGCAAAAGGGUUACUACUUGGCACUGCAAGGAUGAGCCCUUAGACAAACUGGGAGGCUUUCAAAGCAGAUUGAAAUUUCACCUAAUAUAGGGUACUCAGAAUAAAAAGGCGGGGGCUAAUAACCCUAUGGUAGAAGACACCACUUUAUUGAGUAAGAUUAAAACAUCAUUAAGAGAUGAAAGAAAUCAAGAAGAUGAGGAAAAACUGAAAAUCAGGCUAGAAGAGCUGUGAAAACUAAGGGAGAUGUCACUGACUAAUGAGCAUAGACUAUUAGAGCUGACUCUAGAUGUGGCUUAUGGAAAUAGCGGGGUUGGAAUGCCUUUGCAUGGAAGCAUAAGCAGCAAAUUGACGCUUCAAGAGCUGAAUAGCUUUGAACGAAAAUUAACAAUCCCUGAAAAAACAGUUCUUUUUGCCUCAGGAGUGAGAAAUCAUCAAGAAUUUGAAGACCUUGCAAAUCAAUACUUUGGAGACCUCCAAUCUACAUCUCCCUACAAUAGAGUUCCAAGCCCAUAUAUAGGUGGCGAGCAUAGAGAAAUUUGUGCGACUGAAAUCACUUAUAUGAGUCUUUCCUUCAAAGGAGCCUCCUGGACUGACAAAGAUAUGAUCGCCUUACAGAUCCUAAAAACAGCCAUAGGAGAAGCAGGGAUUUUUAAGUCAGGCUUAAAUUUAGGUAAAGGACUGCUCACACACUCCUAUACUUCUUUUAUGGACAAAGGCAAAUAUUUAUUAGGAGUCCGCUGCAUUAAUAUGAAUUUCAGUGAUACAGGGAUAUUUGGGAUUAUGCUUGCUGGGGUUAAUUCCCACACUUUUAACAUGUCAAAUGAUAUCAUAUCAGAAUUUCAAAAUUUGCCAAAUAUUUCAGAUGAAGAAAUUUCCCGAGCCAAAAAUUUACUAAAAACACAGAUUUUAUUCCUAAAAGAGCAAACUGGGAAAAGGCUGGAAGAUACUGCCAAAAUGUAUCUUGUGCUUGGAAAAACACCUGAUGAGCUGGAUUGGAUGAAAAUGAUUGAUAAUGUUACAACUGAUCAAAUAAGAGAAGCUGCCAGAAGGGUCACUAAGUCAAAGCCUACGUUAAUUGUACUAGGAACGCCUUCACAAGUGAUCCCAAAAAUUGAAGAAAUAGCUGAGAGGGUUUCUUAA